UGCAGCUGCUGCGCUUCAUUAGGAGCUCUGAGCGGGUUUAGUGCAGCAGUCCAGAAAUACUAUACAAUACUCAACUAUACUCCAAUAUAUUCCAAUAUACUCCACUUUACUCCAUUUACACAGGAUCUAAUCCGGUUCAGGGAGCUCCGCAGGGUGUGAUAUAAACCUGUUAAACCGACAUUUAUCUGAUCUGAAGCUGAAGCUGCGGAGACUCAUCAGAUCCGUUCAGUUCAGCCCGAAGCUCCACCAGCCCGUAGCCGGACAGACCCCCCCCCCCGUCCCCCGGGCUGAGCUCCGUCAGCAGGCCGGUUACAGCAGCGCGAUGGCGGCCGAGGUGGAACAGUGGAACUCCGCUGCGGUUCAGGCCGACGGUGUGGUGGUGCAGCAGGUGGUGGAGGAGGAUGAUGGGGUGUAUGAUGAUGAAGAGCUGAAUGAGGGGGAGGUGAACGGUAACUGGACCCCUCAGGAGAAGGCGCUGCACGAGGCGCGGCUAAAGGCUAAAGCUAAGCGGCGACUCAGGAAGUCCUCGUCCCGAGACUCCGCCCGCGAGAGCCUGUCUGAGUCCGGACCCGGGGAGCCCGGCGCCGACCCCCACAGCCCCAAAGGAAAAGCCCCCCAGAACCACGACCGCAAGUCCCGCACCGGCAAGGGCCGCGGACUGCCCAAGAAGGGUGGAGCGGGGGGUAAGGGGGUGUGGGGAGCUGCAGGGUUGGUGUAUGAGAUGGAGGAGCCGGAUGCCAGAGACCCCAACUACGACGAGUCCGCUCAGGGAGAUACGGUGUAUGAGACGGUGGUGCCGGAGUUGGAGGAGGGACAGUUGGAGAAGACGGUGAAUCCGAUAGUGCAGGAAUAUUUUGAACACGGAGACACGAGAGAGGUGGAGAUGCUGUUGAAGGAGCUGAAUCUGGGUCCCCAUAAGUACGAGUUCUCGUCUCUGGCGGUGUGUUUGUCUCUGGAGGGGAAGGCGAGUCACCGGGAGCUCACGUCUCGCCUGCUGUCGGAUCUGGUGGGGAAAGUUCUGUCUGAGAGCGACGUCGCCCGAGCCUUCGACAAAAUGCUCAAAGAUCUUCCCGACCUCAUCCUGGACACACCUGAGGCUCCACAGAUGCUGGGGCAGUUUAUUGCUCGAGCGAUCGCUGAUCACGCUUUACCCAUGAACUUCCUCAACCGCUAUAAAGGCAAAGUGGACUGUGAUCACGCCAGAGCGGCUCUGGACCGGGCGUCCGUGUUGUUGACGAUGAAGAGAGAGAUGGUGCGAUUGGAUAAUGUGUGGGGAGUGGGCGGCGGCCAGAGACCCGUCAGACAUCUCAUCAAAGAGAUGAACCUCCUGCUGAAGGAGUACCUGAUCUCAGGUGAGCUGUCGGAGGCGGAGCAUUGCCUGAGAGACCUGGAGGUUCCUCACUUCCACCAUGAGCUGGUUUAUGAGGUGAUAGUGAUGGUGUUGGAGAGCACUGGUGAUUCUGCGGUUCAGUUGAUGGUGAAGUUGCUGCAGGAGUUCUGGAAGUCUGGUUUGAUCACUCUGGAUCAGAUGAACCGGGGUUUUCAGCGUGUGUAUGACGAGCUGCCGGAGAUUAAUCUGGAUGUUCCUCACGCUCAGACCAUCAUGGAGACGUUUGUGGAGCUCUGCUUCCAGGAGUCCGUCAUCACCAAACAGCUCCGAGACGCCUGUCCCGCCAGGGGGCGGAAGCGGUUUGUGAGUGAAGGAGACGGAGGACGCAUUAAAAGCUAAACGGAGAACAGGACCUCGCCCCGGGACCCCAGUCAUCACACACACACACACACACACACACACACACACACACACACACACACACACACACACACACACAGCACUUCGCUGCUGGUCUGAAGGACACGCCUCCUCUCUCCUCCUAUUCGCUCCAGUUGGAGCUGGAGUUCACUGCUGCCGUUGUUAUUGGAGCUGGGGGCGGGGUUUGGGGGAAGGGGUGUUAUGGCCGGGUGCUGCUGGGGGUUGGGUUAAUGAUUGUGGGCGGGGCUUAAUUUACAUUGCAGCAUUAAAGCAUCAGCGCUUAUUAUUCUUUAGUUAGUUUUUGUUUGCAUGUUGGAUGUUUAUAUAAAUAAAGAGUAAAAACUGAAGCGCAGAACAGCAAGGAAUUAUGGGAUUAUUUCCGGAUCCGGAGGGACACGCGGUCCGGACCGGGAUCACUCAGCUUUACUCAGCUUUAUUAUUAUUAUUAUUAUUAUUUUCCCUCUUUUUUUUGUUUUGUUUUGUCGAGUCGUUCACUGCAGGCGAGUGACAUCACCUCAGAUCUGAUCAAUAUGUGAAGGUGAUUGGAUUAUCGGAUUAUCAGAUUAUACUCAGAGGGAUUAAAGUAUUGAUGUGUGGAGGAACGUGUUCUACAGUGAAUAAAAACGUUAAUAAUGAGUAAACUUGUGGAACUGGGUGUAAUAAAUGUGUAAUAAAUGAUUAUCAGGUAUUGAUUAGAUUUGAGAUGAUUUCACUGUUAAUGAUCUUUCUGAUGAUGGGUCUGCAGUGUUGGUGGUUCUGUUUGGGAGGAUCUGAUUUUUUCCUUUAAUCCGGUUUAGUUUAAUCCAGAGUAUUUUAAUCCUGUUUACAGAGAUGCUGAUUGUUUAACACCUACCUCUCUCGCACUCAAAUCAAUCAAUCGAUCGAUCGAUCACGUGAUCAGUCAGUCAGACAGGUGUUCUGUUAUCAGAUUUACUGAAGAUCAGUUCAGUUUAUAGAAUUAAACAGAAUUAAAGCAGAUCCUUCUACACUCUCUAGCGCCCCCUUCAGUACUGAGUCUGAACUGGUGUUUAUAUGCAUAAGUAUAUUAAUCUCAGCUGUGGGCGUGGUCUUCUCUCUGAGCUGUGGGUGUGGUCUUCUCUCUGAGCUGUGGGCGUGGUCUUCUCUCUGAGCUGUGGGCGUGGUCUUCUCUCUAAACUGUGGGCGUGAUCUCUCUGAGCUGUGGGCGUGGUCUUCUCUCUGAGCUGUGGGCGUGGUCUUCUCUCUGAGCUGUGGGUGUGGUCUUCUCUCUAAACUGUGGGCGUGAUCUCUCUGAGCUGUGGGCGUGGUCUUCUCUCUGAGCUGUGGGCGUGGUCUUUACAGAUAAAGUGUUUGAUGGUGUGUCAAAUUGUGAUUCCCUGCAGGAUCAGAAGCUCCUCCUCCUGCUGGUUAUUGGUGCAACACUCUAAACCACACCCACAGGUCUGAGCUGCAUAAAUGAGCUGGGCGUGGCUUAAGCAGAAGAUCAGAGAGAUGGGAGGAGCCCCGUAGCUCCAGCAGUAUAAAACGCAACAUAUAUAACGCAAACCUCAAACACGUGACCCUCUGACUGACUGACGCGGGCGCGUGGAUCGUCUCUGUCCAAUAAAAAACCUGUAUCUCCAAAACAGCAACAAGAGAGAAAAAAAUCCUCCUAACUUCCAAUAGAAGUCAAUAUAAAAAGAGUUUAUUUCAGCUCAUGUUGAAGUAUUUCUAUUGGUCAGUUCAUCAGGAAAUUUUGGCAGUUUAUGUGUUCAAAUCUAAAAAAAAAAAUGGAGAUACUUGUUUUUUAUUGGACAGCGAUGGAAUAUUCCAGAAGUGACAGAACAGUUUUAGCACGAUUGUGAUGUUCAGAUACACAAAUCCCAUCUGAUCACUGCAGACCAUCAUCCCCCCACAGAGCUCAUCACCUGAGUACUGAGUACAACCUCAGCACCAGCGUCACACACUAUAUACACACCUCACACUAUAUACACACACACACACACACACACACACACACACACACACACACUAUAUACACAUUAUAUACACACACACUUUUCUUUGUUUAUUUGUUUGUUUAUUUUCUGUUAAAGCGAGUAAACAGAAGCUGAGCCGGUGGUUUAAGGGUUAAUCUCAGAUUAUAUAAAUAAAUAAACUGUUUAUUUGUUUACUGGUAAACAGGGGUCAUCUUCAGUGUCUGUGGGCCGGCCCCGCCUCCUCAGGUACGCUCCACACAAUACAGGUUCCUGAAAGGUUCUCCGCUUGGGCGGUUCUAGAUAAAAGCUAUUUUGAUUGGCCUAGAACCUUUACUUUAUAAAGAGGUUCUUUAGACUGUUUUUAUAAAGGUUCCUUUUACACAGAGAACCUCCAUCCCGAGCUCCCGGUUCCACAGCUUCAGAGAACCUUCCUGACCUUUACUGUGGGGAGUGUGUCGCAUCCUGUGUGUGUGUGUGUGUGUGUGUGUGUGUAUGUGUGUGUAUGUGUGUGUGUGUGUGUUUGUGUGUGUGUGUGUGUGUGUGUGUAUGUGUGUGUAUGUGUGUGUGUGUGUAUGUGUGUGUAUGUGUGUGUAUGUGUGUGUAUGUGUGUGUGUGUGUGUGUGUGUGUAUGUGUGUGUAUGUGUGUGUAUGUGUGUGUAUGUGUAUGUGUGUGUGUGUGUGUGUAUGUGUGUGUGUGUGUGUGUGUGUGUGUGUGUGUGUGUGUGUGUGUGUGUGUAAGAGAGAGAGAGAGAGAACAGUGUUUGUUUUUUUUUCUUCCACUCUCAGCUCUUAAGAACGUUUUCACAAUGAUUCUGUAAAAAAGUGGAAAAAAAUAAAAAUGAAAGAAUUAAAAAUA